UGUCAACAUUUUUUGGGACAUGUCAAGCACCUAACCUAACUUUACUUUCACGUGUUGUUUAUGGAGUAAAAUGGGGAAUAAACAAAAACCGCAAAAGAAUUUAAAAAGGAAGGUACAAGAAGCAGAAAACAAGCAAGAGACUGAAGCAGAAUCAAGCGAAGAGGAGGACUUCCUCAACGCCGUGAACGGUGAAGAAGAAGACAGUUCAGAUUCAGACAGGGAACUUGAAGAUUCGGAAGAUGAAGAUAACGAACUUUUUGAAAGACAAUCUGAAGCAAGCUCUGAUAGUGUAUCGGAAGAUAGUGCUGGAGAGGCAGGUGAUAGUGAGGAAGAUCAGGAAGAAGACGACGAGGGGAAAGAAGAAGAAGAUACCGAAGACGAGUCUGAGAGCAGUGAGGACGAGUCUGGGAGUGAGCGUGAAGAAGAAGUACAACGUAAGAAGAGAAAAAAUGAAAUGGGUGGAACAAAACAGGAAGGUGUGGAGAAUGGCACAGGAGCAGGAAAUAUAGGAGCAGGAGGUUCUUCAAAAGACGAAUAUGCUGACUGCGAUACGUCCGAUGAAGAAGACAUCAGAAAUACAGUUGGCAACAUUCCAAUGAACUGGUAUGAUGAGUACAGGCAUCUGGGCUACGAUUGGGAUGGUGAUCAAAUCCUGAAGCCUGAGACUGGUGAUCAUCUGGAUGCUUUCCUCAAACGAAUGGAGGAUCCAGACUUCUGGAGAACUGUCAAGGACCCACAAACUGGUCAAAAUGUUGUUCUGAGUGAGGAAGAUAUCCAGCUUAUCAAAAGAAUCAGAGGUCAGAAGAUUCCAGAUGCCACAUUCGAUGAAUAUGCUCCAUGGAUCGAGUGGUUUACGAGUCAAGUCGAGCAGAUGCCAAUUCGCAAAUUCCCAGAGCACAAAAGAUCAUUUUUGCCAAGCAAGCAUGAGGCUAAGCAAGUGUCUAAACUGGUGCACGCUCUGAAGAUGGGCUGGAUCAAAACCAGGGAGGAGCAAGCAAAACUAAGAGCAAAGAAAGAACCUCAAUUUUACAUGCUUUGGCAAACUGAUGAUCAACCAGAGGAAAUGAGAAGAAUCCACAAGCACAUUUCAGCUCCUAAGAGAGCCCUGCCAGGUAGGACUGUUUUAUAUUACUUGGUACUAUUAAAUAAUCUUUUAUUAGGUGCUUCGUAUAGUUUAUCUGAAGUCUCUUGA